AUGGCAGACUAUAAAUCGUAUCUAGCUGCGAGUAUACUGACUGAGGACAAAAUUGUAACAUAUCGUCUUCUCAGCCGGGCGCUGAAAGUACAUGUCAAUGCGGCGAAAGAAAUGCUCUAUGAGUUUCAUAAACAACAGAAUGCGAAGAAGCCACAAUCGAUCCAUGCGACGUACCUCCUGAGCGGUACCAAACGAAAGGAGGAGCCUACUGAUGGCGAAGCAAAGAAGGACAAUGACGGGGACAACUAUAUGCAGAGCAGUCCAAUUAUGAGCAGUUCAAUGCCUAUGCCGGAGGAAGAUUAUAGCACUGUAAUCCCACCUGUGUUGUCAAUAACGUUAGUACGAGAAGAAGACUUGGAAAAAAUACGAGCUCAAUAUGAAGAAAUCAACUCUAUACAUGUAUACAGCCUGGAACCAAGCCCGUUGAAAGACCUACAAGUUCUAUCCGAUAUAACCAGGCAACUCACAGAACUAUGCGCCUCGGAAGACCCAUUAGAAACGAAUAUUAAAUACGGCAUCAUAACCAAUCCAAAUGCCAAACGACGCUCAGCAAGAAGGCCACCUCUCCCAGUAGCGGCAGUACCUGUAAUGCCCAAAUCCGAAGCAGCGAAGCCAAAAGUGACAGAAUCAAAACCACCGCCUCCAAAGAAAGAAGAGCCGAAGUUGAAAUCUGCCACCGCGAAUGACUUCUUUGGUAAAGGCAAAGAGAAAACGAAACCAAAAGCCGCAGACAAGGGUAGUGCUUCAAGCAAGGAAUCAACACCAAUUCCGCCGACGCUCAAGCGGCAAGGUUCUAGCUUGAUGGCCGCCUUCUCCAAGUCAAAACCAAAACUCAAGCAUGAAGGAACAGAUAGUUCAGCCGUAGCAUCUCCAGUCUUGAGCGCUGCAGCAGACUCGCCUAUGAAAGACGUCUUUGAUGACGAAGAGGAGACCUAUGUUCCUCCACCCUCAAAAGUAAAUGUCGAGGAAAGUCGAAAAGCGAGGAAAGAUCGCGAGGCCGCGUUAAGGAAGAUGAUGGACGAAAGUGAUGGCGAUGAUGAACCACCCAAGCCGGAGCCAGAGGAGAAAUCAGAAGAGGAGUCACAACCUAAAGCCAGAUCAGAGUCUCCGACAAAAGAAGACCCUCCUAUCGUCAGUGGUGGUCGAAGGAGAGGAAAGAGGAGGGUUACGAAGAAGAAGGUCAUGAAAGAUGAAGAUGGAUAUCUAGUUACCAAAGAAGAAGCAAUAUGGGAAUCCUUCUCAGAAGACGAACCCGUCGCCAAGCCUAAACCGAAGCCGCUUGUCUCUUCAACUACAGCAGGUAAAAAAAAGGCGCCGCCGAAGGCUGGACAGGGGAAUAUUAUGUCGUUCUUUGGAAAGAAAUGA